AUGAAUCCAUCAGCGAAGAUCUUUAAUCCUCAUCCAAAUCUUAACUAUUCAUUUAGCAUCCCCGUAAACUGUCUAACGAAAGCCGAAGAAAACAUCUUGAAAGCAGUAAUACAAGAGUGGACAAAUGUAUUCAGUCUUGACUCUCUACUAAACAAUUGGUCCGAAUACCGUAAUAAAUCAGCAUUACUGAUGAACCCCAAGAAAAACAUAUCCCUUCUUCUUUUAAAUGUUGCCAGCUUGAAACGUUAUUUAGUAGAAGUCUUCAACCUUAUUCAAUCCACAUUGUCUCCGAUUAUUAUUCUCAAUGGAAUUUAUCAUGAUCCUGACACAAUUAAACGAUUCUCGUCUCAUUUCUUUAAUUACAACAUAUUUACGUCAAAGGGCACAAACAAAUUUGGCGGCGUCCUGAUUGCAGUGCACAAAUCAAUUCAAUGUCGUCGUCCAGAAGAAUUUACGCGUAUAGAUAAUCUGAUUGUGCUUGAAAUCAGUUCAGGUGCCGAUCUUUUUCAAUUAGUAACAUGCUAUUCACCACCUGAGGAAAAAAUCCCACUUAAAAUCUUUGAUCGUAUUCUUCAUAUCAAUCCGAACACGAUCUUCACUGGUGAUCUCAAUGCUAAACAUAAAUCAUGGUCAAAAUCGGUGGAGAACCCAAAAGGCUACUCCUUAUUCAACUGGUUAUCUUCUCCUGGUACUCACUCAUCGUUGGAAAUUAUCAAUAGAUACUUAAUCACCUCCACGCGCUCAGAUGCAACAAUUGAUCUCAUCAUUGCUCCGUCCAAAUUAGCUUCCACUUCAUUUUCUGGUCUCCAAUCUAUCGGUAGUGAUCACUAUCCUGUCGUAUGGGAACUUCCAUUAAAAAUUAUUUCUUCUCAUCACAAAAUUUCUAUCAAGCGAACGAAUUGGAAAGCAUUUGAGCUUUUCAUAACAAGUGUUGGCAACUACUGGCAACAAUUGGCAGAGCUGAUGAACCACUCAGCUACCUUUUUCUCAUUAUACGAACGAUUUUUGUCACUUUGCCUGGCUCGUUUUACUACAAUUACACAACGCCAUGCGUACAAACCAUCUCUUCCGCAUCACAUCGUCCAAAUGAUUCAACAAAAGCGCAUAUAUCUUCAGGCUUUUCGUCGCACUCGUCAUCCGUAUUUCUCGUUGCUAUUACACAACAUGACAAAACAAGUCCACCAAGUAUUAUUCCAGCAUAAAAGACAACUAUGGUUAAAUUAUUGCAAUACGUUGAAUGAUUGUGACACAAAAUCAUUCUGGAAGAAAAUCAAACGGCACUUCAAAUCUGGUGCAGUACCUAUCGAUGGUUUUGUGUGCAACAACAACAUCAUUACUGAUCCAAUAGAAAUGUGUUCCAUGGCCAAGGAUCAUUAUGAAGUUCAAUUUGCAAACCAUCCUCCUGAUCAUUCGGAAAUUGAAAAAGAAGCAGAAUAUAUUAAUGCGGAAAUUGAAAAUGAUUUGAUAAGAAAUCCUCCUCCACCCAUCAUUAUCAACUUCCUGGAUUUAAAACGUGCUAUUUCAUCACUUAAGAAUAAAAAUUCGACUGGGGUUGAUGGUGUUUCAAACAGGAUAAUUAAGAAUCUACCAUCAAAUCAUCUAUCAUUUAUUUCGCAAUGUUUCAACAACUUCGCUUCGUUGUCGCAAACCCCGCCUCAGUGGCAUAUAGCUAAAAUGAUCCUAUUAUCCAAAUCAAAAGCAAGGACAAUCUCCGUAGAUGAAACUAGACCAAUUUCGCUGUUACCCUGUUUUUCUAAAUUGUUUGAAAAAUGCUUUUUGCUUCACUUUCGACAAUGGAUUAAGGACCAAGGUUUACUUCCGGACGAGCAAAGCGGUUUUCGUCCAGGACAUAAUAUGGCAGUACGGUUAGUGGCGAUUGUGGACCAGAUUGGGCAAAGUCUGUCAAAGCAUACAGCUGCCGGCGGUUUAUUUGUAGAUUUUCGCACAGCAUUUAACCAGUUGUGGUUCAAUGGGUUAUGGCUCAAAUUGACGAAAUUAAAUUGUCCUAUGAAAUUAGUUACUUGGUUGCGCCAUUAUCUAUGUAAUCGAAAAGCGUUUAUCGACAUCAAAUCAUCACAGUCCACGGCAUUCAUCCUAGAAAAAGGGGUUCCGCAAGGUAGUGUGAUGGGUCCUGUUCUAUUUAUAGUCUAUCACCACGAUCUGAUCGAGUCGCUGUCGACUAUCCACUGGAAACAUCUAUUUGCUGAUGAUUUAGCCAUCUUAUUUGCACCCGAUUCAUCAUUAGCUCCAUCAAAAAUGAUCAAAGAUAUAAUUGAGCAAAUGAUGAAAGUCCUCAAUCGACUCAUCGACUAUUCAAAGUAUUGGAAACAACCAAUAAACUUUAAGAAGACGUAUUGGAUGUUGUUCAACAGACAGGUUGCACCGAAAGUACCUGAAAUUAUUUGCCAAGGACAUCAUAUCGACAAAGUAAACAGAUUUAAAUAUCUGGGCACCAUUUUGGACGAGAAACUCUCGUUCAACUCACAUAUCGAUUACAUUAAAUCGAAAAUCAAUUCCAACCUAAAAAUCUUCAAACGUUUAACAUCAACCAGAAUGACUAAUGAGAAAACAAAUCUCAAAUUGUUUAAUGCAUAUAUCCGACCCUACUACCAAUCCCUGCUCAAUAUCUAUCCAAUCUUAUCGACCGGAAAGAAAAAUGAAUUAGAAAGUCUAAACCGCAAAAUCUUUCGGAUUGUCUACACCUGGCAUGAUGCCAGGAAUGUAGAAAUCACAAAUAUGACAAAAUAUCGAUCGAUAGCUGAACUUACGGCAACGCACUGGGCUAAAUUGACAAAUACAAUCAUAAGAACAAAUCCUAGUGUCAUCCAAGAUUACUUACAACACAAGAUGUCAAUCCUAUACAUACACGAAUAUUUAAACAAUCCCACACUAGCGAAAGAAAGAAGAACCAUCUUCGAAAGAGGCAGAAUUCGCAAAUACAUCGUAAAUCUAAUAAAGAAUAACCGAAUGUCUCUCUUCGACCAUACCCUGUCCUAUCCCUGUUGA